AUCCGUUCCAGUAGUUACAGUUACACGUGUUCCACGCGUGUCCGUGGUGGAACACACACGUGACGGUCCGUCCGGACGGGGUCCUGUUCCGCGCCCGGCGCUCACGGCGCCAUGAAGUUGGUGAUCCAACGCGUCCGGCGUGCGAGCGUCCACGUGGAGGACGAACUCGCCGGUCAAAUCGGACGUGGCCUGAUGGUCCUGCUAGGCAUUGAGCACGGAGAUGGGAUGGAGCAGGUGAAUUACUUGGCACCAAAGCUGCUGAAGAUGCGCCUGUGGCCGGACCGAAAGGAUGCUACUAAGCAAUGGGCCUCCUCAGUGGUGGACAAUGGAUUCGAUCUCAUGGUUGUCAGCCAGUUCACUCUCUUUGCCACCUUCAAGAAGCCCAAGCCGGACUUCCACCAGGCGAUGGGGGGUCCGGAGGCCAGCGAGCUCUAUGAGGCUUUCUUGCAGAAGUGCCGCAAGGAGGCACCCAACAUCACUUUGGCCACCGGCAUCUUUGGCGCGCUGAUGCAGGUGGAGCUUGUGAAUGAUGGCCCCGUGACGGUGGAGUUGCUGUCCAGCCCGACCCCAUCGACUCCUUCCACCGCAGCGCCUUCGACUUCCACGCACCGCGGCGUGCAGCGCAGCGCGGGCGGCGGCAGCGGCAGCGGCGGCGGUUCCAACGACGCCGCGGGAAAGAGCGAAGGAGGUGAAAGGAGUGGCGGUUCGGCGGAUGAGGUGGAGGAGAUCUUAAGGCAUCAACCAUACUUGGGAGGGUUUCUUCCGACGCACCGAGACCGGGAGCACUUCGACGCCCUGCAGAGCUCGUCCACGGAUCGGACGAGGUCCGCCACAGCGCGCUGGUACGAGCACGUGGGCUCCUUCUGCCGCUUCGAGCGAGACGCUUGGUGAGGAGCGAGCCCAGAAAAGCGGACAAUGGCUGAAGGAGGUUGGUCGGGCUCUCCCGGUUUCGGGGGGGCCCAAGCACCGGUCGCGCCUCCAAGGCUGCGCUGUCGUUUCGCCACAACCUACAGUUAGGUCCUAUAGCUGAUGUUUUUUUCUGCAGAAGUUCGUCUCUGGAGUUCUGGCACACAAAGUGGGCA